CCGUCAUGAAGAAGCCAUUCCAUCGGACAUUGAGGACACUGCCGUGACCCAUGAUGCACCUGAAUCUGGAGGUCCUGGCAUCAGCCUCCAUCAAGAGGAAGAAACCCUGGCCUCGGCUGACAUGGGUGGGACAGGAGAAGGAGAGCCUGUUACUGAUGGACCAUCGUCGUCUGAGUCUACUGUAUCUGCCGUCAGGGAAAACCAAGAGGAAGAUCACCAAAGUCAACAAGAUGCUUCCCAACACCUUAUGUAUGAACACCUCUAGCAAUGGAUCUUACCUCGCCGGCCUCCUGACAACAGGAGAAGUGUUUGUGUGGCACAAGGACACAGACCUGCUGAGAACAACUGCCCCCCUCCCCAACAUGGAGGACAAUACCGGUACCUCACAAACAAGCUCAAGAAGACACCAUGUCUAUAUCUCCAACGAGGGAGGAAAGAUCCUUGUCCUUCGUAAGGAUGGAAAGCUGCACAUCUGGCAGAAGGAUCAACAUUCCUCCCCCUUAGCUUCCCCACAGAAGGCCACAGGAAAGAUAACAGAACUGUCAGGCAGUUGGUAUGAAGUAGGGGGAGGAAAGACCCAACUUCCAGGGGCAGACUGUAAGGAGGUGGCUGUUGAUGCUGUUUUCUUCCAAGAUCAGGUCCAAGGCAACUGCUGCACAUGUUCCUUUGUGUUUAACAAUGGAAGGACCUUUACUGUGUCAACUGCCUUUCUCCACUGGCACGAGAAGGCUGAUGCUUUUGCUCAUGGGCCUGAGCCAUUUUCGGUGAUGUGGACUGUUGCCCAGCGCCCCCUACCAGCUGCAGUACCAGACAGUGCCAGGGGGGCCUACCUGGCCUGUUACACCCAUGAUGGACAGGUGCUGGCUGUUGCAUGUAACCAGUGGCAGCCAAAGGACACAAAGGUGAUGUUUGUGUCUGUGUUGACAUCCACUGCUGUGGAAGCCGACAUGCAGAGCUGUGGAGCUAAAACAUAUGACCUUCCUCCAAAGAUACUCAGAACCUACUGGAUCUGUGGGAUGAGGUGGACAUGGGAUGACUUGCUGCUGGUCUGCAUCACCAAGCGAGGGUCAGUGGUCAUCUUGACCCGUCUUGGAGAACCUCUCACACUGACCACUCACGGCUGUUCAGUAGAGAUGGGACCUAGCCUGUACCUGCCUCUACACCCUCUCAUCAUGUACAGCCCAGGUCAGGAAAACAUUCACCCCUCCAAGAUGGCCUCCCAAACCUCCCCUCCCUCCACCUCCGAAGUCGACCCUCUGAAACAGCGAUUCUCCAUCACCACCCAUCCCCGCCUUCCCAUCAUCCUCUGCUCUGACGGCUACAUGGUGACGGCCAUGCAGUUACCAAGGGAUCUUACGACGGCAAACGCCUUGAAGAGUCUCUGUGUGGAAGCUAACCGCGUGCUCGCUACUCUUGGUGUUCAGCCCAAGUUGGGAUCUACCCUGACAAGGGUGUUUGGUCAGGAUAGUGUCGGCGACAAGGGAAAGGGUGUGAAACAGUGGAGAAAAGUGGCAGCCGGUCUAAAGUUGUCCGACACCAACCGAACAGGAGAGACAAACAGUUUCUCCAGCGCAAAGAGGUCGACAGUAAAGAAAGGAGGGCUGCCGAGGUACUCUUUUGAAGAGCCAACCGACAGCGGGGAUCUCAGCCAAUCAGAAAGCGACUUAUCAACCGUCGGAGCAAACACGAGCAAAGCGGGACUCGCUAGUGGCGAUGAGGGAAAGAUAUUCUUUGGAGAUCAUGAUUUGGUGAACGACACCGUAGUUCGGCCAGAGAAAGCGAAGACACCUUCAGAACUAGCCGAAAGUGUGUCCUGUACCCUACUCUGUGCAUGGGGCCUCAGUCUGUCAUAUAGCGGUCAGUGGACUUGGGAACUAGAGGUCAUCACCAGGCACAUAGUGGACUGUCUGGUUAAGCUGGUCAGCCGUCUCUUGCAAGCUGAGGGAGGGAAGGAAGAGAAGAAGAAGAAAGGGAAGACAAAGAAGGAACAUCCGGGGGUUUCAAAGGCGCUUGUGUUGUUCCGACAUGCCAUGAAUAUGACCAACUGGGACUCAGUUCACCAGCACUGCUUACCUUGUGCAGUAAGGCUGGUGGACGGGGUCACAGGUCAGCUGCUGGGAAGGGUCAGAGGUCGUGACAUAGGGGUCAGAAGUCAGCUGGAAACCCUGGCAGGAUGUCAGUAUCUGCUGAAGUUCGCUGAAGAGAGGCUGAACAGAGCAUACCUGUGGAAUCCUGGGAUAGGUGGAAAACUAACGCAUGGAAGUGGCUCAGAAAGACUAACAGCCCUAGGUUGCAAGAUGCAAGGCAAGCCUGGCCAAAAGCUAGCCAAAAGCUGGAAGCUGCUGUACAACCUAACGGUGAAGCAGUACCUCUCACUGAAGACAGGGGGCUCUGCUAGACCAUCAGAAAAGAGAGCAACUCUGAGUCUGUUAGGCCAGCUCCAGCACCAGCUACAAACACUGGGUUGUGGCAUAGGAGGAGCCAAGAAGGCUAAGUCUGAUCCAACCAAUCAGAUACUACUAGAUGGCGACACCACCCAAGCUUUGCACCAAUGGGAGGAGAAACUCCAGUCCCUGCAAGACAAACCAGAAACCCCACAAUCAGUUGCCAUGGAAACCAUCACCCUCCUGUCCAUCCUGUACACCCACCUGUUACAGUACAACCUGGGUGCUGCCCUCCUAUUGGUCCAGUCUUUGAUUGACAGCUGGGAUGGGGAGAGCUCCACCAAUCAGAGGCCAUCAAAGGUGGUUGAAGGGGGAGGAGACUUUGAUGGCCAGGAGGGUUGGGGUGUUCUGAGGAAGGCGGCGAGACCCGUGGUGCGAACGUUAGCCCGGUUUAUGGCAGCGUAUUUCAGUAACAAACAGCUGUAUGUGUACCCGCUACAUGCAGCCAGGCCACUACCACCUGUUCACCUGGAAAUGGGUGCAGGCCCCCGAGCAACCCCACUUCACCAUACGGAGGUGUCCUCUGCAGUCAGAAGACAGAGCCUGUCCGAUGUGUGGACUGCAAACUUCACCAUGGAGCUCCUGCUGCUGUGUGGACAGGCACCAGAGGCCGUGUGGUUAGCCAGCCAACUGGGAGACUGGAAGGGGGCCUUCAUGUUGGCUGUAUCAUACCUGGACUACUUAAAGACCACCCCUGCCUCUACCAAACUUAACCAGUCACUACAGCUGCCAGACAGUCUCCAUCCUCUGGCCCUGCUGCAGGGCAGGCUGGUGUCGUUCCUAUCCAAAUCACCAGGUGGCGCUGAAAGCACACAUGCUGCCAUGGAGGGGACCUCACAUGCUCUCAAGAGAACUGCUUCCACAGGUUCCCUGAACUUUGAUGAAGACUCCAACACUGACCAGGUGUGUCGCAGCCUGCAGGACCUGUUUACGGCGGCAACCGUUGCCGGGGCGGAGGCCGUACCCUGGUUACUGGAGAGGGUGGUCGGACAGAUGCAGGCAGUGUGCUCCAGGCUCAGCACAGAGGUGCCAGCAGGGCUGUACCUCCCCGCUCCUCCAUUGUACCUGCCCCAGCCAGCAUCUAUAUCAGAGGAGUAUGUGGACCCAGAUGUCAGACAUGAGAAGGACCUGAGGAGAGAGAUGGCGCACCUGACACAGCUGGCCCUGGUGCUGCUGCAGGCUGCCGGCUGUCAGCUGCCCUGUGCCAGGUGGUACCUGCAGCAGCUGCUGCAGGCUAGGCAGGUGUAUAACAAGAAGAUCAAGAAGCUCCCAUCCAACAGUCUAAUAGAGAUGCCAGAAGGUCUGGCCACACUGUUGGCCACUGGCCAAGACUUCAGAACCUCACCUAGCACAGCUCAGCCCCAGGGCAGUCUGUCAGCACCAUCUCAGUCCCGGGACACUCUGCCAGAGCCAACCCUGAGUGUCGUUACAUCCUUUCGUCGGCUGUGUGGGCUGCUGUGGAUGUUAGAGGUCAGAGAGAGGCUCUCACUAUGUGGGAGGAAGCUGCAAACACUCCGGGAACAGGCAUUCCAAAAGCCUGGCGGCAGUGAUGGAGAGGAACUUGAGCUGUGUAAGACAGCGUUGGACUGGGCCCUCUGCAUGCUGCCCUUUGCUGACUACUUGGAUGCUGAAGACGACUUACAAGACAUUGUGCUGUCUUUGGUAGGAGAGCUGCCCAUGACAAGAACGACAGGGGACAUCCUUGCUGACUAUUUUUACGACCCCGAGCUGCUCUCCCCCACCGUUGAAGAAAAGUGGAAUCACCUUCAGACCAAAAUGAGGAAGACCAGAAUAUCAGUGGACCAGGCCACUGAACAGCAGGGGGUGGUGUCAAAAGAAAGCAAAAAGCAAGGCAGCAAGACUGAAGGAAAAACCAUCAUGCUGUCAGUCUACACCCACAAAAAGAGCAGUAAACAAAAGAAGGAGAUCGAAAAGAAAGCUAAAGUUUUCGGCUCUUACGAAACUCAAGUCUUCAGCAACAGGUCCUCUGACAAGAAAGUCUGCGUCGGCUCUUGGCCAUUCGAGACGGAAGACUCCUACCUUUUCUUCCUGGAAACCUUCUUUUCUGUUGCGUUCGAGAAGGCCAGACAGGAAGAAAAGGGAGAGAAGAUCCCCCUCCUGGCUCCGAACAAGUUGGAGGUUAGGGAGAGAGAGGUGAACUCUAUGGCUCACAAGGCAAUGUUGACAUUCCAGCACAAGAGCUUAGUGGUGAAAGCAGCCAUGUCUUUCCUUGGGGAGGCAAGUGACAAGGACAUUGAGACAAAAUCCCUGGGAAAACAGAGCUUGUCUCAGUCUCUGUCUUUUGUGGGGAGAGGGAAAACUGAAAGAAAGCGCUUGUUCAAGAGUAGAAGUGUCGCAGACGUGAACGAAAGCGAGACUGUCCGCAUGGGUGAUGUCAGCGCAGGAGGGGAUGAUGGGAAAUCUAGAAAGUCUCUCUCCCAACGAAGAGCUGCAAGCCUGUCUGACCUUGGACAGCAGAGGUCACCCUCAAGGUCGUGGGUCAGCAUGACUGACCUGAGACCGAAGGUCAUCAACCUCGGCGGUAAGUUUGACGAACUCACCCCCCUGGUGGAAUGGCUGCACAGGUGGUCCUGUAAGAAGAACAUGAUGAGUCCCAGCGUCAAGGAUGGCGCUCUCCCAGGGGGAGGAGGUGUGGUGGACAGCAAAGCCGUGAUCAGGGUCAGGGUCCCUCCAAGUCUGGUGUUGACAUCGUUCUGGCUGAUGGAGAACCUGUACUUCAAGAAGCAGCUGUCAAGUUCAACACUGCCCAUCCCACCCCAGGAGUAUGUGGUGUACCCGGCAUUUGGUGGUAGCGAAUCAGGCACACAGCAUGCAACGUCACAUGAUUCUGGGAACAGGGAAGAGAGGAGACAACCAAGCAAUGUGGAUCACAACAGAAGACAGGACACGGAAGAACAUACAGCUCCUGAGGAAAACAAGAGAAGAACCAAGCAACCCAAAGUUAAGAAGCAAGCGUCGCACGAGACAAGCAGUGAAGGUAUGAGCACGGAAGAAGCAGGAAAACACACCAGACAUCACAGAACGAACAAGCGACAACAAGCCCAGUCACACGCAGGCACGAGGGGAAAGAGCCCUAUCAGAGUGCACGCCUCAAUCCCCAGACAUGUAUUGGAGUCGCCAACAGAAGCAUCCUCUUCUUCGUGGACCCCUGUCCUGUCAUCUGAUAGCCCGGCAGAAGAAAAAGUUGUGCCUCUUCCAGCAUCCAUGACGUCAGUAACAAGCAUGUCACCUCCACGAGUUGAACCAAAGAAGAAACUUUCCUUCGCAAGUCAGCCAUCUACUAUCAGCCCUGAAGAAACCAUCAGGAGUGAAGAUAGCAGCACAUUCAACAUCAGUUCCCUGGCUGAUGAUGAGUCACAGGCCACGCCCACAGGACAGCCAAUCACAAUCCCCACUCCUGGGUCUCACUUGACCAAUGAGAGACCGGUCGCCUCAUCCACUCCGCAAUCCGCCUUCGGAGGUCAAAGGUCAGAGGAACCCCAACGAACGUCCUUUGAGAAAAAUUCUCGAACAGCGACUCAAAAUGAGACAGUUAUUCCUGGAAAAGGACAAGCUGGUUCAAAGAAUAAAGGUCGUGGUACAAUGGGAGCGCCUGUACCCAGUGGGUCUUCAACAUUACCUGGGUUCUCUGGACCUAAGAAGGGCAGCACAGUUGCAGGAAGCCCUUCCUCCUCAGUAGAAGAUGCUGUCAACAAUGUGAAGGAGAUGAGACAACUGGUCAGGUCUGAGCUCAGGAGUAUACUGGAGGUCCAGCACCAGAACAUAGUGAGCCUGUUAAACAGCAGUGGAACUGUGAAUGUGGUGGUGGGGAACACUGGACACAACCCUGGUCCUGUACAGGGUCACACUACAGACAGACAAACACAGGUCAGCCAAGAACUGCAGGUGGCCCAGCUGGAACACAUUGCUGCACAGGUGUCUCCAGCUGCAGCUGCAUCACGACAGGUGCAGAAUGGCCUGCAGUCUUCAGCUGCUGCACACAACCCGGCAGGAAACCCCCCGGGACAGCCACAGGGGGAACCUUCCAUGCACAACGCACAGGGGAGACCUCAGUGGUCUCAUCUUUCCGUUCCUCUGCUUCGGCACCCGGGUUUCCCAGACUAUCACCAAAACCCUGUUGCACAUUCCCAACUCACACGUGAACCUAGCACCAACCCGCACCUUCAAAACCCGUCAACUUUCGGAAACCUGCAUCCUAACGACAACACAACAAGACCAGACAACCCUGGACACAACCCUGGUUACGCUGUUCCAGGGAGCAGCCUGCACCCCCCAGGCAUGCCGCUUCUGAGGCUGCCAACAGAGGGGCCGUUCCAGCGACCGGUCGCCGUCCCGUUUGAAGCCUGGGGACAGAGCAGUAGACCUGCUGAAUCACACGACCACAGCGUACAGGCUUCUGACGAUGACAGCAAUACAGGCUGGCCUCGGCACCUGAACAUGGAGCAGUACGAUGCUGAACUUGUGAACAGUGUGGGCAAAACGGGAGCUAAGAAAGACCGAGGUCCUUUGAUACCUCCGGAUAAGUCAAAAUCUAAGAAAUCAUACAAUAAGCCUAGUAAUCCAACACCACAACAAGCAGGUGCUCAAGGAGUGGAAUUUCCAGGUGCUUUUGCACCUGCGAUGCCAUUACUGCACCUGGACAACAGCUAUGCACCCUCCCAGAUGAUGAGGGGCAUGUACCGAAUGCCUCAACCUCAAAACAACUAUCCACACUUCCCGGCAUUCCCUCAACCACCAGCCAUGUCCACCCCUCCCCUCCCCCCAACUGAUAUAGAAGAUGUCACACUUCGUCUACCACUACUCCAUCUAAGAAACGAUCCACAGGUCCCGUCUUACCACUACAGCUUUGCCCCAGGCAUGCCAAGACUUGUUCCACCUGAAGAGAUCAUAGCCUACGAACAGAAGAAACAUCAGACAGAAGUACUCAAGACGCACAGGAGACAGAAGAAGAAGGAAGAAGACGCAGCCGCUAGAAGACAGGAGAGUCUGCCUCUUCUUCAAGCAGACAUUGAGCCGUGGGAUCAGAAGGGUGACAGGGAAAACUUGAACAGGCAAAGAAGACGUAUGAAGAAAGACUCAGGACUGAGUCAAGAUGUGGGGAAGAUUCAAAGAAAGGGAGGGGGGCGAGAGAAGGAAGACAGAGUAUCAGUGACAGAAGAAGAAGAUGAACAAAGUCAUGAUGAGGUUCCCACUCCAGGUGUGAUCGUGGUCCAGCCCUCCCCAGGCCCUGACAGAACCACCCAACACAAGACUACAGCUCAUGAUAGACAGGACACAGCCAUGCCUAGGGACCAGGGCUAUGUCAUACCACCUGGUACUUUUGAUGAAUAUCUGGAGUACCAGACAGUUGUCCCUACCCCAGCACAAAUUCACUACGAAGCUGUCGUCAACAAGAAAGCCAAACCUGUCAUGAAGACAGCCGACACACAGACAGACAAACCCAGCCAGGAUACAAACGUGGACACUCAAACUGUACAGACUGAACCUGAGAGGGAAAGAACCAAACCACACACCACAGCUGAGAAGGAGACCAAUACAGUCAUUGUUGUAUCUAGAGAUGUGUACAGUGCGGAGCAGGCAGUGUCUCAGUACACUGCAUCAGGGAUGGAUGUUAGCCGCGGGGGUCCAGGUCUGCCACCUGACAUAUUCUUCAACCUCCGCUUCGGUCGGGAGGCAGCACAAGCUACAGACAGGAGUGCUGGUCAGGCACCGGCUCAGAGACAAGAUCAGGAGGUCCAGACCCCAGCAUUCCUUAAUGUGGUAGACAUUGACAACAGCCUGCUGAAGGACCUGAAGCCGACCAGACAGCCCAGACAGCAGAGACAGAGAACUCCUGACACACAGGAGACAGAGGAGGAGCACAGGAGGUCCCCGCCCUCCGGUCUCCCUGACGACGCCACGCCCGCAGACCUCCACUACAGACUGGCUGGACUCACCAACAGUGUCAAACCUGCAGAAGUGGACGACGAAGGUAACAUCAGAGAACCACCGGGUGGAGACUCCCUGACUGUAGAUCUGCUGUCUUCUGUCACUGGGGAAAGUCCUGCGAACCUGUCGAAGAUUCGGCGCGACACGGCAGGCAUCCGCGCCAAGUCACGGGAACGUUUGGCGGACAAGCUGAUGGAGAUGGGCCGACAACUGGACGCCAUUGACCAGAUGGCCACCAACAUGGAGGACGACUUCAAAAACACCCGACUGCUUGUUAACACCAUAGACCACCUGGGUGAGGCCAUCUAUCCAGAGGAGGAGUCUGUUGCUAGGAGACCAAGAGGGCGCGGUCAGCAGUAUGACAGCCGUCAUCAUGACAACAGCAUCCCACCUGUCAUUGAUGAGGAGGAAGAGAGGAUUGAGACUCCAGUGAGACAGAAACCACUUCCCAGCCCCAUCCUUGAAGAAGAAGAAGAAGAUGUUGACAAGGCAGAAGAAGACAGACUAGAUCAGUUACCCAUCACUGCUCCUAGACAAGCAGACAGGAAGCUGGAGAGACUGCUGGACAUGACAGGACUGAGCGGUGUGAGUGACAUCAUAGCGGAGGUGUUUGCUGAAGGAGGGCUGAAGGAGGAAGACCUGGGGAUCUCACUUACCGGAGAUGACCUGACCAGGGACAGUAGGCUGCCUUCAGAACCGUUUGCCAGCACACAGCUGAGUGUGGACACCCUGCAAGAUGUCUUCUCUCCAAGACAGCAGGACACCAGCAGAGAGGAGGAUGAAAAGAAAGCUAAGAGAAGAAAGGAAGUGCAGAAGUGGAUGUUAGAGAAGCGGACAGAGAGGAGGAGUGAGUAUCUGAAACAGCUGGAGGAGCUACGCAGCACGGAACACCAGCCGUACAAACCUGCACAGGACUCACCUAAACAGGGUGCAACCUGGAAGCAAAUCCACCAGGCAGAGAAGGAGAUGGAAGACAGGAGAAAGGCUCUGUUGAGAGAGAACAUGUCUGAACGCGUGAAGCAGGCGUAUGACCUGAUGGGAGACAUUGUGAUUGACACCCCCGAGCUCCCUGCCUCCAGCCUACCUCCUCCCUCUGUCAAGAAAAAGAAACCUGCAAGACCCGGUAGUUCUACUAGAGGGCGCUCUCCACCACGCAAAGGGCUGCCGAAGUCUUCCACACCUAUACCCAGGUCCCAGACUUGGAGGAUGCAGGAUACAGGUUUUGAUGUUGAUGAGUAUGAUGUUGAUGAUGCAUACAUAGAGGAACUACUACAGGACAGUGGAGAGGCGCAGAGAGACAUGUUACAGACUUACAAAGUCAGGGAUGUGUCCAAGAUAGGCCAACAAUCUGACACACAAGCUGGGCGCAGACCAAAACCCUUCACGACGCUGGUGCGGCAGCAGAGGCCAGAGGCAGCCAGAAAACAGGCCUCGGGCAAACCGAAGACCUACGCUGAGAGGCUAGCUGAAGCCAACGCCAGCAAGAUCCCCAGGCCAGCCUUCAACAAGCUCAGGGACAAACAGAGGCUCUACGGCACCACACGGCUGCCUGGCACGGCCAAGUCUAGGGAGAAGACCUCUCCCCGCGUGGUGAAGACCUACGCACAGCGGUUACAGGAGCUCCGCCGCACUCCUGGCUCUACCUACUCUAGAACUAUACUCACAACUAAGGGUGAUGGGGCUUCAGGAGGACCAGCCAAGAACCGUAUGCAGGAGGUGACCAAACGUGGUCUGCACAGCGAACCCAAACCUCGCAAGUACGCGUCCACGUACGCACAACGGUUACAGAGCCAACAGCCGGACACUGGGAGAAGGGGUGGCAGGGUGAGCCCACGUCAGCCCGUGGGGAAGAGAUUCGAAGGUCCCCGACACAAACCCAAGACAUACUCCCAGCAGCUGCAGGAGAUUUCUGCUGCUGCGCCCAAGGGCAGGCCCAGACUGGCUUAUACUGGUACAUCAUCCAGAGGCUUGAAGUCCCCGUCCAUGCGGACACAGACAUUGCGCCAUGCGCCGUACCCGGACGUGUACGAGUCGGUACUGGAGGACAUCUCGGAGGCGAGCACGGCCAGCCUGCUCCGCAGCACGUCAGACGACGUCAGGAGAAUCCUGCAGGAGGAGGACAUCUUUGGGGACGGAGGUGCAAGGCCUAAAUACAGAGACUACCCAGACUAUGAUGCUGCCAGUCUGUACGAUGUUGGAGAUGACAUAUUGGGAGAUGACUACAUCACCAGUGUGGACCCUGACCAGCUGAGUCAAGCCUCACAGAGCACAGGCAGCAUCCUCAGUAACAUCAACUGGGACGAGGUGGAGCAACUCAUCGCAACUGUGGAAUGAUGAAAAAAAACCCUGUUUGAAAUUGGUACAACCCGUUGAUCUCUUUAUUAUUUUCUGUGGAUGGAUUGGUUGAUUUGAAUUGGAAGGGGGAGCUUUCUUGAUGAUGCAAAGUAGCAUAUUUGAAGAAGAAGAUGCUGAAUUGUUGGGACUUAGAAGUCCCAAAAAUGAGAAAGUUGGUAUAGUGAGUUGCUUGUGAUAUCUGCCAAUACUUCCCAAAUGUAUAUCUAACACUAACAGAUCAUUGUUGAAGAUUGUUUUGUCUCAUCACGUGACAGUGCUUUUCAAAUUAGUCUGUGGUGCUUUCUGUGACAAAUACAAAGAGAAUUUUUUGCCUUAUCAGAAUUGUUGCAAUUGUCGAGGGUAUGCAGGGAAUAUGUCUAUUGCUUGGUCAUGUCUUUGGCUUGAUCACUGUCUUGUUGUAAACAAUGAAUUCAACUUUGUAGUAUGUAAUGUAAGACAGUCUGUACACGUUUUGCAAAAGUCCACCUGUAAAUUGAUGGAUUACAAAAACGCUCAUCAAGAGUUAUUUGUAAUGUAUACAUGUAGAGCUGCUUCCUGUUAAUGUGUACAUGUAUUUUUAAUGGCAUUCCAAGAUGUUAUAGUUUAACAGUUUGGCACAAGUUGUACAUUUUAUGAAAUUUGUGAAGAAUGUUCCAGAAUCUAUGGUGCCAUGAUAAAGGUAAUGUUGCUGCAAACUUAAGUACUUCCUUUUGUCUUGUUUAUUGAAUAGUAACUGUUGUAGCAUCAGAUAUUGCACAAUACAUUACCAGACACCCAUAGAAAAAUAAAAAUAACAAAAAACAUAACCUUAUUGGCCAAGGUAAUAUUCUAAGUCUGUUCAUGAGGCUACGCUACACCCUACAUAUUACCGUCACGAAAACCCAUGGCCAAAACACUUAAAAGUACUGCAAUAAUAGGAGCAAGUUAGCCAACAUUUAAAAAUAACCAUUUCUUUCGCUAUCCUACCCUUUCAGGCAGCAAGAAAUCUGGCUUAGAGAAUAUUUCUGACACAUAUUUCCUUGGUCAAAAGUCAGCUGGUAUGUUGUAUGUUGUACAUUCAAGGAAUUUCUUAAAAGUCAAUACAACCAAGCAGAGUUCCCACUGUAUCACCUUUAUUUGUAAAUAAUAGAGCAGAAGAUCUAAUGUUCAAUUAUUUGGAAAAAUACAAACAACUGUCAAAAGGAAACAACACAACAGAGUCCAGUAUACAGUACAUGAUGCUGAGUAGGUUAAACUACAGUACCGUGUUUUAAAACAUUAGGUUUAUAUACACCUUAAUCAUAAAAAGCGAAUAACAACUACCUAGACGGGCGUAUUAUCAUUCUUUAUCUAGAUAAAAAUAUGUGAUCUGAUAUGUGAUCUGAUAUGUGGAUCCAUGUCAUUGUCCGGCUAUUCCCAUGUGCUUUUAUGGAUAAAGAAACACCAUGACAGGAAUAUUUCAUCUGUUGAAUAUACAUAUACUCCAGGCUUACAUGCAUAAGCUAAUGGUAUGUGAUUAAACAAAUUGCUGCCAGCAAGGUGUAGAUUUUUUUAAAUAAAUGACACGAAUAGCUAAUGUUUGCACUCUUCACAUGACAUUUAGUACAACUGCAUUGCUAUUUUCCACUGCGUAGACGAC